AUGGACCGCUUCCGCCUCGAUGGCGUGGACCAAAAUGGCGUGGACACUGUAGAGCCUAUGCGUCCUAGUUCUUUCGACAUGACUUUCUCUCUAGGCAGUUAUUCAAGCGCACAAGGGAUCAAUCGAGACAGCGAUCAUCAGAACAUAAACACGCAGGACAGUACUGAUGUGAUUGAUGACAAGAAGGCACUUUGUCGGGGUCAGAAAGGUAGAUUGCACGUAGACGAGCUCAUGGAUAGUAUGCGGUCGCAAGAAGUCGAAAGCAACGGCUCCAACCAGUCUGCAAACUACAACAAGCUCACAUCAGAUAGUUCACCAGCGUCUUCAUCCGUACAAAAGGACAUGGCCAACAUUGUAUCGAGGUUGGAAGAGAAGGCGCAUGAAGCAAUUGAUGUGUCUAAAUUAUGCGGAAAAUAUUCGUGGAAAUUGGCUAGGCGAACACAAGAUGUUCACGUUUAUAGGCCAGCAGUUCUGCCGUCCGAGGAAGAUGCUUCGACAAAACUCUACUUUCGCGUCUCGUGCGAGGUAAAGGCCCAUCUAGGUACAAUCAUGGAAUAUCUGAUUCCGAGUAACUCAAGAAGUUACUUUGAUAUUGAGUCACAAUUAUUUCCAGGUCUUUUACAUGCAGCAGUGAUCAAGCGAAUAGAAUUGCCUGAUCGUACGCCGGCAUAUGCAGCAAAUUCUGGACAAACAAUACUGAAUUCUUCGUCUUCUUUGGCCCCAACUUCUGCUAGUGAUAAUCAUGAUGACACUGCAAGUAUUGAUGAAGACCCUAGUGAUUCGUUCCCGCAUUUGCAUGUCAAGUGGCACGCGAGUCGUUUUGCUGGACGUUUUGUCAAGCCAGUAGAUUUUUUUUUUGUCGAGUACGCAAAUAUCGAAGCUAUGGCUGACGGAAAAAAGCGUGGAUAUGGAUAUAUUCGGUCUGUUGAAUCAUUUAAAGGAGACGAACUUGCCAGUCGAUUUGCUGGAGAAGACGUGAUUAUUCCCUCAAGUGUUGCUAAAUGCAAGCGUGCGGUGAUAAAUAAAGGCGUUUAUUUAGUGUCACCUACAGGGGAUAACUCAGGUACCUACGAAGUCACUUGCAUGAUGGUUAUUGACUUUCAAAAACAGUUUACAAGCUCGGUAGGAGCCAAAAUUAUACACAAUUUUACGGAACGACUAAUUGGGAUUCGCGAGCUGCUCUUUAACACACUAUUUCGCUCCAUUGCAGUGCUGCCAAGAGACCAGUGGAAACCGGCUCGAAGUAAUAAAUGCGCAAUAUGUACGUGCUCAUUUUCGAUCGUAAAGUCCAAGCACCAUUGUCGAGCCUGCGGUGAAGCAGUUUGUGGGCAGUGUAGCCGAAAAUGGACGUUGCAGCCUGGAGCCCAGCCUGAGACACAAGCUCGACUCUGUACUAGCUGCUCGUUGCAAGCGCGAAGUUAUCUUAUGCCAAAUGGAGAGGCUAGUCGUUCGCCUGCUGGGGCGUCCUCACGCAGUUCGUCAGUAGCCAAUGAUUUAAGUGCAAGUACCAGUCAAUUUGCUGGAAGUCGUUCAAAUGUGUCUCGCGUAGAAAACGCUUAUAAAUGUGACGUUCAAGUUGCAAGUACAGUGUCUUACGAGCCUGAUACGUUUGCUGCUGUAACGUCGGCGUUUUCAAUGCUUAAUAGCUCUUUAGGCGAUCAGAAUCCUCACUUCAUGUUGGUUUCGUAUUCACACCACCAUCGUGGUGCAACAGUGUAUGAAGCGCUGGCACGAGCGGCUCCAGAUACUCUUUUCAUGGGCGGCACUUCCAGCGGUGGUGUCUAUGUUGGGGCUACGCCAUCAGUUUCAGGCUCGAGCGCAAGUGAUGGAAGCAAGCAAAAUAGCAGUAGUGGGUUUAAUGGUUCCUCUGUUGGUUUGUGGGGAAUCUUCGAUCCAGAGGGAUCUUAUGCAAUAUUAAAUGCUGACUUAGAGCGAGAAACUCCACGCGAUGCUGCACGGAGAUGUCUAUUUGAUGGCAUGAGAAUGCUUGCAAUAGAGCCUGAAGAUAGCCCGGAUUUUGUGUGGACUGUUGUUGGAGGCGGGGACAACAAGCUCAAAGUCGGAGAGGAAGAAGAAAUAACGCGGACUAUCAACGAAGUUGUGGACUGCUCGUACUCGGUUGUUGGUGGCAGCUCAUCUCGCCAUGCAGCUGAUUAUGCGACGCAAUUGUGUUCUGAAGGUGGCAUCGUCGGUUGUGUGACCAAGCACGGAGCAUGUUUUGCGAUUUGCUGCCCCAGUGUAGAGGUUGCUCAUGCUUUAUUUACGUGCUAUGAUGCAACUAGUACCACCUUUGUUGUCACGAAGGCAAUUGGCCGUGAGUUGGCUACAUUAGACGACAAGCCAGCAUUGGAAGCAAUCAACGAGGCAACUCAUGGCAUGCUCGCCGAAUUGGUCCAACGGCCGGAAAAAUUCAAUCUCGAAUCGAGUUUGCUUCCAGCCUAUUACCCAGUAGCUCGAGAGCGACGUGGCCUAAUGCCUCGUGGCCUUAAGCGGACUAGUUCGCGCUACCAGAUGCUGCAACCAGAGACGUCAGAUUGUGAUCUUUCGUUGCAGUUAGGCGCUGAAGUUUGCCCCGGCGAACGCUUACGUAUGAUGACUCUUUCUCCACAAGGUGUGGCUUCUAGGUCGCGUCGUGGACUAUGUGAUGCUGUUCGAGUGUCUAUUCCUACCUUAAAUCUCUCAGAUGUCAUUGGCUGUUACGUCAGUAUUGGUAUGAGCUACGACCGUGUGCUGAAUGGAAAUUUAAGUGAGGUCGCUGAUGCAGCAGGAAGAGCCUUUCCACGAGGUGCAUCACUUUUGUCUGUAUCGCAUGGACAACAAGGUGUUUUGGCUGGUGGCAAUGAGGCAAUUUAUGCUAAUAGCAUGCUGACAGCUUUAAUCAUUACGAAUCGCAAAAAAGCUCAGAAACUAAACCCCCUUCGACCACUUAAUGUCCGAAUGGCCACAAGUUCCGCGUAA